AAACUGUGCCUGGAUCUCCUUCAGACACCACUCUCCAGUCCCCCCUUGUCUCUCCUUGUUUCUGCCACUGUUCUGUGAUCAGUUUUCCUCUUUCCUCGCCCUGGCUUUGUACUUCUCUCCGCCUCAUCCCUUCACAUUAGAGAGCAGCAUUUCUUCUCUGGCUCCAAUGUCUCCUCUCUGUAUCGCCUAACAGUCACAUACCCUCAGCAUGGAUAUCGGAGGUCUGACCACAGUGGUCGCAAAUUCUGCGUACAUCAAUGCCCGUGGAAGCAUCGAUGGCUCCAACCCUGCAGCAGCUCGGGAGAAGAAGUACCAUUCCCGCCUCAAACUGCCCCACAUAACCGUGUGCGAGGACCUGAGGGAUACCCUGGAUUUGGCCUUUGACUCGGCCUGUGUGGAACAACCCAUCGGCAAACGCCUCUUUAGGGAGUUCUUGGAUGCAAAUCAAGAGUAUCACGGUGCUUGUCGUUUGUGGAAAGACAUCGAGGGCUAUGACCUGGCCGAGGAUUCUGACAGGGCGAAGAAGGCCUCAAAGAUUGUCCAGCGUUACAUGGACCCCUCUGCCAAACACUACUGCCCCUUCCUGUCUGAGGACAUCAUAGCGAAGGUGAAGGAGGACCAGGGGUCUGUACGGGAUGAUUUGUUCGUUGCAGCGCUGGCCAGGAUGAUGGACUACCUGCGGGAGGCCCCCUACACUUUCUUCCUGGAGAGCCUGUACCUGAAGAGGUUCUUGCAGUGGAAGUGGCUGGAGAUGCAGCCCAUGGACGCAGACUGGUUCCUGGACUUCCGCGUGCUGGGGAAAGGAGGGUUUGGGGAGGUGUCGGCCUGUCAGAUGAAAGCCACGGGGAAACUUUAUGCCUGUAAGAAACUCAACAAGAAGAGGCUGAAGAAGAGGAAAGGCUUUGAGGGUGCGAUGGUGGAGAAGAGGAUUCUUGAGAAGGUUCACAGUCCCUUCAUUGUGUCAUUGGCGUACGCCUUCCAGACAAAGGAGGAGCUUUGUCUGGUCAUGACCAUCAUGAAUGGAGGAGACCUCAAGUACCACAUCUACCUGGUGGAUGAGAACAACCCGGGCUUUGAUGAGCCCAGAGCCUGUUUUUACACAGCUCAGAUCAUCCAGGGUAUGGAGCACCUGCACCAGAAGAGAAUCAUCUACAGAGAUCUGAAACCAGAAAACGUGCUGCUUGAUAAUGAUGGGAACGUGCGUAUCUCUGACCUGGGUCUCGCUGUGGAGCUAAAAGAAGGAAAAACAUUGACCAAAGGUUACGCUGGGACACCAGGGUACAUGUCUCCAGAGAUGCUGAAAGGAGAAAAGUAUGACACCUCGGUGGACUACUACACUCUGGGGGUGACGUUGUUUGAGUUCAUGGCGGCCAAGAACCCGUUCAGGAACAGGGGGGAGAAAGUCGACCGUGAGGAGAUGAAGGAGCGUGUGCUGACGCGGGUGGUGGACUAUCCGGAGAAUUUCAGUGCGAAUGCGAAGUCGCUCUGUGAAGGGCUGCUGGCCAAACAGGUGGAUGAGAGGAUGGGUUUUAAGAACGGAAGUUGUGACGAGAUAAGAGCUCACCCAUUUUUUCAGGACAUCAACUGGAGGAAACUGAACGCAGGUAUCCUCCCUCCUCCUUUUGUCCCUGACCCUAAAGUGGUGUACGCUAAAAGCCUGGACGACGUCGGAGCGUUCUCCUCGGUGAAGGGAGUGGCCUUGGAUGAUCCCGAUAAAACCUUUUUCGAUGAGUUUUCCUCUGGCAACAUCGCCAUCCCGUGGCAGGAGGAGAUGAUCGACAUGGGUAUUUAUGGAGAACUCAACCUCUGGGGCCCUGAGGGCAGCAUCCCAAACGACCUCCGCAGGGAGUCCAUACUAGAGCAGCCAAAGUCUUCGACCUGCUGCGUAUCGUAGAGUCAUUGUAACACGUUGAAAUUACAUCAGUGUACAGACUCAAACAUUCAGGGCACACACACGUCUAUUCUGAAUUUUGUGAAUCGCAGAAUAAAAACGGUUUAAACCUAACUUUUUAUUAAGGGCAUAAGCAGAAAACACAGAGCGGAGGUGAACUUGACAUUUUUUGACAUUAUACCCUCAAUUGUCUCUAUUCUCCCUCCCUCACACACUUUCUUCACCUUCAUUUCUCUUUCUCCCCUCACCAUGUGGUUGUAUGUGCAUGAUUUACAUUAUUAUUAAGCUUUUAGAUUUAAAAAUGCAUUUUUUUUAUCUCAUAUUUUGGAGCCGGGAUGCGAUACCUCUGGUGCUCAGCGACUGUCACAUGUUUCACAGUAUGCUUUCUAUAGUAUGCUUUCUAUGGUAAGGGCUUAUUUUUCUUCUUUUCCUUAAUCACAGCUAUUUUAAAUUGAUGACAAGAAAGAGGGAAAUGUUUACAAUAAAUCCAUUUAUUUUUUAAAUCAAAUUAUUGAACAAAUGUAUGAAA